UCGCUUUCGUCUCGACUCUCCACUUUGCUCACAUUCGCUAACCUAAACAUUAAACUCCAUGGCAACGCUCUCCCCCGCUCGCCUCCUUUAUCUCUUCCGAUCCAAUUAGAUCCAGUUCCCUUCUCUCAUGCUGUAAUGGUAUCAUCGACUUCUCUUCCUUGAUCAAACUGGUGUCCGCAGAACCUUUCCAACAAUUAAAGCAGCAAAAAUUACACAUAAAACACGGACAAACUGGUUUUGUUUUGGCAGUGAGAGAGAGAGAGGGAGAGAAGAUGUUGAAGGUCUCUUGCAAUUUCCUCAAUGAUCAAAUUCAAGCCCUGGCCCAAUGCAGCUUCCUGGGUCGGCCUGUGGCCGGGCCUACUUUACCUCCCCUGAGAGAUCCUGUCGUUUCCUGCCGGCAUCUGUAUAAACCACGGGUCCUGGCUGUCUUGUCGGACCGGGGUGGAGUAGGAAGUGGAUGCGGGGUCGUCGGGUCGGAUGUAGGGAUGGUUCGGGUGCCGGGGUCGGGCAGCUUGGAGGACCGGUUGAGGCUGGGGAGCUUGACGGGGGACGGGUUGUCCUAUAAGGAGAGGUUCAUAGUGAGAUGCUAUGAGGUCGGGAUUAACAAGACUGCUACUGUGGAAACCAUUGCAAAUCUCUUGCAGGAGGUCGGUUGCAAUCAUGCUCAGAGUGUGGGAUUUUCGACAGAUGGUUUUGCGACGACACCCACAAUGCGGAAAUUGAAUCUCAUAUGGGUGACAGCUCGCAUGCACAUUGAAAUCUAUAAAUACCCAGCUUGGAGUGAUGUAGUUGAAAUUGAAACAUGGUGCCAAGGGGAUGGAAGAAUUGGAACCAGACGUGAUUGGAUAGUCAAGGAUUAUGCUACUGGUCGAGUAAUUGGUAGAGCCACAAGCAAGUGGGUUAUGAUGAACCAAGAAACCAGACGACUUCAGAAAGUUAGUGAUGACGUCCGGGAAGAGUAUUUAGUUUACUGUCCCCGUGAACUCAGAUUAGCAAUUCCAGAGGAGAACAGUAGUAGCUUGAGAAAAAUACCAAAACUGGAAGAUCCUGCUCAGUCUUCCAAAGUGGGACUUGUGCCCAGAAGAGCUGAUCUGGACAUGAACCAGCAUGUUAAUAAUGUCACCUACAUUGGAUGGGUUUUAGAGAGCAUGCCGCAAGAGGUCAUCGAUAGCCAUGAGUUGCAAACUAUUACCUUAGAUUACAGGCGGGAGUGCCAACACGAUGACAUUGUUGAUUCACUUACAACUAUGGAACCAGUCGAGGAUGCUAAAGCAGUUUUUGAGCUUCAAGGAACCAAUGGCUCUGCUGUUGUAAAAGAAAACAUAGAAGAUUCACGUCAGUUUUUACAUUUAUUGAGAUUGUCAAGUGAUGGGCUUGAAAUAAAUCGAGGACGCACCGAGUGGAGAAAGAAACCUGCCAGAUGAUAUAAAGUUUGGUCAGUUUUUACAUUGAUUGAGAUUAUCAUGCUGUUUUUUCACAUAAAUCUUGUUGCUUUUUCAGCUCCGAAGGGAUUUUGCUGCAAAUUGUUAGGAGCUAGGUUUUAAACUCAUUUUAUAAUGCUUACUGAUUGCCGUGGUUGGGUCCAAAUUGUUGGUUAGAUGAGCAAUAGGAAGAUGUACUUGUGAUUUUCUAUACACCCUCAAACUUUAUGAAUCAAUUGUUUUUUUGAUAGGUAA